AUGGACGUGGACGUGGACGUGGACGUGGACGUGGACGUGGACGUGGACGUGGACGUGGACGUGGACGUGGACGUGGACGUGGACGUGGACGUGGACGUGGACGUGGACGUGGACGUGGACGUGGACGUGGACGUGGACAUGGACGUGGACGUGGACGUGGACGUGGACGUGGACGUGGACGUGGACGUGGACGUGGACAUGGACGUGGACGUGGACGUGGACGUGGACGUGGACGUGGACGUGGACGUGGACGUGGACGUGGACGUGGACAUGGACGUGGACGUGGACGUGGACGUGGACGUGGACGUGGACGUGGACGUGGACGUGGACGUGGACGUGGACGUGGACAUGGACGUGGACGUGGACGUGGACGUGGACGUGGACAUGGACGUGGACGUGGACGUGGACGUGGACGUGACAUGGACGUGGACGUGGACGUGGACGUGGACGUGGACGUGGACGUGGACAUGGACGUGGACGUGGACGUGGACGUGGACGUGGACGUGGACGUGGACGUGGACGUGGACGUGGACGUGGACGUGGACGUGGACGUGGACGUGGACAUGGACGUGGACGUGGACGUGGACGUGGACGUGGACGUGGACGUGGACGUGGACGUGGGUGGUGGACGUGGACGUGGACGUGGACAUGGACGUGGACGUGGACGUGGACGUGGACAUGGACGUGGACGUGGACGUGGACGUGGACGUGGACGUGGACGUGGACAUGGACGUGGACGUGGACGUGGACGUGGACAUGGACGUGGACGUGGACGUGGACGUGGACGUGGACGUGGACAUGGACGUGGACGUGGACGUGGACGUGGACGUGGACGUGGACGUGGACGUGGACAUGGACGUGGACGUGGACGUGGACGUGGACGUGGACGUGGACGUGGACGUGGACAUGGACGUGGACGUGGACAUGGACGUGGACGUGGACGUGGACGUGGACGUGGACGUGGACGUGGACGUGGACAUGGACGUGGACGUGGACGUGGACGUGGACGUGGACGUGGACGUGGACGUGGACAUGGACGUGGACGUGGACGUGGACGUGGACGUGGACGUGGACGUGGACGUGGACGUGGACGUGGACGUGGGCGUGGACGUGGACGUGGACGUGGACAUGGACGUGGACGUGGACGUGGACGUGGACGUGGACAUGGACGUGGACGUGGACGUGGACGUGGACAUGGACGUGGACGUGGACGUGGACGUGGACGGACGUGGACGUGGACGUGGACGUGGACGUGGACAUGGACGUGGACGUGGACGUGGACAUGGACGUGGACAUGGACGUGGACGUGGACGUGGACGUGGACAUGGACGUGGACGUGGACGUGACGUGGACGUGGACGUGGACAUGGACGUGGACGUGGACGUGGACGUGGACGUGGACGUGGACGUGGACGUGGACGUGGACGUGGACGUGGACGUGGACGUGGACGUGGACGUGGACGUGGACAUGGACGUGGACGUGGACGUGGACGUGGACGUGGACGUGGACGUGGACGUGGACGUGGACGUGGACGUGGACGUGGACGUGGACGUGGACGUGGACGUGGACGUGGACGUGGACGUGGACAUGGACGUGGACGUGGACGUGGACGUGGACAUGGACGUGGACGUGGACGUGGACGUGGACUUGGACGUGGACGUGGACGUGGACGUGGACAUGGACGUGGACGUGGACGUGGACGUGGACGUGGACGUGGACGUGGACGUGGACGUGGACGUGGACGUGGACGUGGACGUGGACGUGGACGUGGACGUGGACGUGGACGUGGACGUGGACGUGGACGUGGACGUGGACGUGGACGUGGACGUGGACGUGGACGUGGACGUGGACGUGGACGUGGACGUGGACGUGGACGUGGACGUGGACGUGGACAUGGACGUGGACGUGGACGUGGACGUGGACAUGGACGUGGACAUGGACGUGGACGUGGACGUGGACGUGGACGUGGACGUGGACGUGGACGUGGACAUGGACGUGGACGUGGACGUGGACGUGGACGUGGACGUGGACGUGGACGUGGACGUGGACGUGGACGUGGACGUGGACGUGGACGUGGACGUGGACGUGGACGUGGACGUGGACGUGGACAUGGACGUGGACGUGGACGUGGACGUGGACGUGGACGUGGACGUGGACGUGGACAUGGACGUGGACGUGGACGUGGACAUGGACGUGGACGUGGACGUGGACGUGGACGUGGACGUGGACGUGGACGUGGACGUGGACGUGGACGUGGACGUGGACGUGGACGUGGACAUGGACGUGGACGUGGACGUGGACAUGGACGUGGACGUGGACGUGGACGUGGACGUGGACAUGGACGUGGACAUGGACGUGGACGUGGACGUGGACGUGGACAUGGACGUGGACGUGGACGUGGACGUGGACAUGGACGUGGACGUGGACUGGACAUGGACGUGGACGUGGACGUGGACGUGGACGUGGACGUGGACGUGGACGUGGACGUGGACGUGGACGUGGACAUGGACGUGGACGUGGACGUGGACGUGGACGUGGACGUGGACGUGGACGUGGACGUGGACAUGGACGUGGACGUGGACGUGGACAUGGACGUGGACGUGGACGUGGACGUGGACGUGGACGUGGACGUGGACAUGGACGUGGACGUGGACGUGGACGUGGACGUGGACGUGGACGUGGACGGGACGUGGACGUGGACGUGGACGUGGACGUGGACAUGGACGUGGACGUGGACGUGGACGUGGACGUGGACGUGGACGUGGACGUGGACGUGGACGUGGACGUGGACGUGGACGUGGACGUGGACGUGGACGUGACGUGGACGUGGACGUGGACGUGGACGUGGACGUGGACGUGGACGUGGACUGGACGUGGACGUGGACGUGGACAUGGACGUGGACGUGGACGUGGACGUGGACGUGGACGUGGACGUGGACAUGGACGUGGACGUGGACGUGGACGUGGACGUGGACGUGGACGUGGACGUGGACAUGGACGUGGACGUGGACGUGGACGUGGACGUGGACGUGGACGUGGACGUGGACGUGGACGUGGACGUGGACGUGGACGUGGACGUGGACUGGACGUGGACGUGGACGUGGACGUGGACGUGGACGUGGACGUGGACGUGGACGUGGACGUGGACGUGGACGUGGACGUGGACGUGGACGUGGACAUGGACGUGGACGUGGACGUGACGUGGACGUGGACGUGGACGUGGACGUGGACGUGGACGUGGACGUGGACGUGGACGUGGACGUGGACGUGGACGUGGACGUGGACGUGGACGUGGACGUGGACGUGGACGUGACGUGGACGUGGACGUGGACGUGGACGUGGACGUGGACGUGGACGUGGACUGGACGUGGACGUGGACGUGGACGUGGACGUGGUGGUGGACGUGGACGUGGACGUGGACGUGGACGUGGACGUGGACGUGGACGUGGACGUGGACGUGGACGUGGACUGGACGUGGACGUGGACGUGGACGUGGACGUGGACGUGGACGUGGACGUGGACGUGGACGUGGACGUGGACGUGGACGUGGACAUGGACGUGGACGUGGACGUGGACGUGGACGUGGACGUGGACGUGGACGUGGACGUGGACAUGGACGUGGACGUGGACGUGGACGUGGACGUGGACGUGGACGUGGACGUGGACGUGGACGUGGACGUGGACGUGGACGUGGACGUGGACGUGGACGUGGACGUGGACGUGGACGUGGACAUGGACGUGGACGUGGACGUGGACGUGGACGUGGACGUGGACGUGGACAUGGACGUGGACGUGGACGUGGACGUGGACGUGGACAUGGACGUGGACGUGGACGUGGACGUGGACGUGGACGUGGACGUGGACGUGGACGUGGACGUGGACGUGGACGUGGACGUGGACGUGGACUGGACGUGGACGUGGACGUGGACGUGGACGUGGACGUGGACGUGGACGUGGACGUGGACGUGGACGUGGACGUGGACGUGGACGUGGACGUGGACGUGGACGUGGACGUGGACGUGGACGUGGACGUGGACGUGGACAUGGACGUGGACGUGGACGUGGACGUGGACGUGGACGUGGACGUGGACAUGGACGUGGACGUGGACGUGGACGUGGACGUGGACGUGGACGUGGACGUGGACGUGGACGUGGACGUGGACGUGGACGUGGACGUGGACGUGGACGUGGACGUGGACGUGGACGUGGACGUGGACGUGGACGUGGACGUGGACGUGGACGUGGACGUGGACGUGGACUGGACGUGGACGUGACGUGGACGUGGACGUGGACGUGGACGUGGACGUGGACGUGGACGUGGACAUGGACGUGGACGUGGACGUGGACGUGGACGUGGACGUGGACGUGGACAUGGACGUGGACGUGGACGUGGACGUGGACGUGGACGUGGACAUGGACGUGGACGUGGACGUGGACGUGGACGUGGACGUGGACGUGGACGUGGACGUGGACGUGGACGUGGACGUGGACGUGGACGUGGACGUGACGUGGACGUGGACGUGGACGUGGACGUGGAUGGACGUGGACGUGGACGUGGACGUGGACGUGGACGUGGACGUGGACGUGGACGUGGACGUGGACGUGGACGUGGACGUGGACAUGGACGUGGACGUGGACGUGGACGUGGACGUGGACGUGCGUGGACGUGGACGUGGACGUGGACGUGGACGUGGACGUGGACGUGGACUGGACGUGGACGUGGACGUGGACAUGGACGUGGACGUGGACGUGGACGUGGACGUGGACGUGGACGUGGACGUGGACAUGGACGUGGACGUGGACAUGGACGUGGACGUGGACGUGGACGUGGACGUGGACGUGGACGUGGACAUGGACGUGGACGUGGACGUGGACGUGGACGUGGACGUGGACGUGGACGUGGACGUGGACGUGGACGUGGACGUGGACGUGGACGUGGACGUGGACGUGGACGUGGACGUGGACGUGGACGUGGACGUGGACGUGGUGGACGUGGACGUGGACGUGGACGGGACGUGGACGUGGACGUGGACGUGGACGUGGACGUGGACGUGGACGUGGACGUGGACGUGGACGUGGACGUGGACGUGGACGUGGACGUGGACACGUGGACGUGGACGUGGACGUGGACGUGGACGUGGACGUGGACGUGGACAUGGACGUGGACGUGGACGUGGACGUGGACGUGGACGUGGACGUGGACGUGGACGUGGACGUGGACGUGGACGUGGACGUGGACGUGGACGUGGACGUGGACGUGGACGUGGACGUGGACGUGGACGUGGACGUGGACGUGGACGUGGACGUGGACAUGGACGUGGACGUGGACGUGGACGUGGACGUGGACGUGGACGUGGACAUGGACGUGGACGUGGACGUGGACGUGGACGUGGACGUGGACGUGGACGUGGACGUGGACGUGGACGUGGACGUGGACGUGGACGUGGACGUGGACGUGGACGUGGACGUGGACGUGGACGUGGACGUGGACGUGGACGUGGACGUGGACGUGGACGUGGACGUGGACGUGGACGUGACGUGGACGUGGACGUGGACGUGGACAUGGACGUGGACGUGGACGUGGACGUGGACGUGGACGUGGACAUGGACGUGACGUGGACGUGGACAUGGACGUGGACGUGGACGUGGACGUGGACAUGGACGUGGACGUGGACGUGGACGUGGACAUGGACGUGGACGUGGACGUGGACAUGGACGUGGACGUGGACGUGGACGUGGACGUGGACGUGGACGUGGACAUGGACGUGGACGUGGACGUGGACGUGGACGUGGACAUGGACGUGGACGUGGACGUGGACGUGGACAUGGACGUGGACGUGGACGUGGACGUGGACGUGGACGUGGACGUGGACGUGGACGUGGACGUGGACGUGGACGUGGACGUGGACGUGGACGUGGACGUGGACGUGGACGUGGACGUGGACGUGGACGUGGACGUGGACAUGGACGUGGACGUGGACGUGGACGUGGACGUGGACGUGGACGUGGACGUGGACGUGGACGUGGACGUGGACGUGGACGUGGACGUGGACGUGGACGUGGACGUGGACAUGGACGUGGACGUGGACGUGGACGUGGACGUGGACGUGGACGUGGACAUGGACGUGGACGUGGACGUGGACGUGGACGUGGACGUGGACGUGGACGUGGACGUGGACGUGGACGUGGACGUGGACGUGGACGUGGACGUGGACGUGGACGUGGACGUGGACGUGGACAUGGACGUGGACGUGGACGUGGACGUGGACGUGGACGUGGACGUGGACGUGGACGUGGACGUGGACGUGGACGUGGACGUGGACGUGGACGUGGACGUGGACGUGGACAUGGACGUGGACGUGGACGUGGACGUGGACAUGGACGUGGACGUGGACGUGGACGUGGACGUGGACGUGGACGUGGACGUGA